CAGGGGUAGAAGAGCAGACAAGCCGCUUGUGUCAUUAUGAUGAUAAAGGUACUGCUGGAGGUCUACUAUGUAUUUCCCCCGCAUUCACUUCUUGUCACACCAACCAAUCCAGCUAAUUGUACACGAAUCCCGACCAGGAUAGCCCUUGGCUGUCCGCCAUCUCAUUCAUCGAAUGCCCACAAGGAUCGUCUGGUCGGGCUCCACCGCGGCUCAGCCUGACUGAAAAACCAAGAACCAUCAGGUUAUAACAAAUCAUUCUACAAAAUCCCAGAGUACUGCGUACACAGUCCAAGAAUCGUCCCGUACCCACAAGCCGGCCCGUUGAACCAAGCAAGAUUAAUGGUCCAUCAUCU